AUGCGCCGCGGUGCAGCACAAGUGCACACGCACGAGCAUACGCAGCGGUACCGCGCCAAGCUCGGGCGAAAUGGGCACGGGAAAGAUGCACGGAUCAUGGGUGCGGCACUAGAAGAGGCGCGGCACGGCACGGCGGCUACAGACAAGGCUACGGAGCGCAAACACGUGUUCCGGCCGAUCCUCGCGUCGCCGUUCGCGGUGCACUGGCCGCGACUGCCCAAAGCAGACGGAGACGUGCUAUUGCAUACGCUGGUCGAGAUCCUGGUUGAGCGCGAGGAUGCACCGGCUGGCACCACGGCUGGCAUCAAUGCGGUCACGCGGACGCUCGAGGCGCGGAUUACUUCGCGCGCUGCUGCCGGGCCGCAUCCGCGGUUUCUGUUUGUGUGCGAGGCAGACAUGGAUCCUGCGACGCUCUUAGCGCACAUUCCCAUGCUUGUCGGGAGCUACAAUGCGGCGUGUGCGCCUGUGCACGAGCGUGCAUCGCCGGCGCUCCCGCUCCCGCUUAUGCUUGUGCCGCUUCCCCGGGGCGCUGCGCUGAUGCUUGCUACUGCGCUGCGUGUGCGCAGGCUUGCGGCGCUUCUUAUAGAUACCGCGCUUCCCCCCCCGCUGCUUGCGCGUUUGGAGGCGCGCGCGCUCGACAUCGUCCGUGCGCAGUCCACCACGGGGUUCCGUAUUCCAUGGCUGGAGGCCGCGCCGCACAAGCUUGCGGCGCCACGGAUCAAGCAUCUUGCGACCAGUGCCCCCGUGCAUUUCGCACAGGCCAAGGCUGCGAAGAAGGCUAGCCGCAAAGCGAACAAGGCGCGGCGUGCGGCUGCAAGAUGUAUAGAGUAA